CUCCUGUCUGUCAAAGUAACACACACAUACAAUCACACACUCUCUCACACACACACACACUCGCGCACACACAGUGCAGUGUGGAAUUACGGAUCUGGAUCUCGCUGUGGACACCAGAGGUUUAUUAUUUUUUUGCUGUGGAAAAGUUCUUAUGAGAGAACUCGGAGGAGGAGGAACUACAAACCGGCGCGCUGCUUCAUCACAGGCUUCAUCUGAAGGAUCCAUCUUUAGGCCUCAUCAUCCCGUCUAACAGAGACGCCAGAAUGACCGACAUCGUAAGCCACCUAGAUGACACGAAGAACCUCGCGACUCAGGAGGAAAUGAACGGCGUGACGGAGGAAGCAGAGACAAAGAAGACCGGCAGGACGAGAAAGCGCGAAAGGCCGCAGAAGAGCUCCGACGCCGGCAUCACUGAGGUGAAAAACAUGAACGACGUCGGAACCUUCGAGGACGGCUCGACGGAGACGGGCGGAGCCAACCCGACAGACGUCGCACUAAAACAAGAGAGACUCCUCAAGUCCAAAAAACCAGUGCAGAAAUGCUACAUCCCAAAAACAAGCAAAGGGGACGUCAAGAGCAAGUUUGAGGCCAUGCAGAAGGUCAGGGAGGAGAGGAACCGCAUGAGGAGCGAGGAGGAGCAGAAGAAACGCAAGGAGCAGUACGUCAAAGAGCGAGAGAGGAUGCGCAAAAAGCAGAUGAUAAAAGAGCUGCUCGCCUCCAGCGACGAGGAGGAGGAGGAAGUACAACCGGCCAAGGUUGAGAAAUCGUACGUCCCCAAGAUCAUCGGCAGCGUGAAGGGGAAGUUUGCUGAGAUGGAGAAGCAGAGGAAGGAAGACCAGAGGAGGAAGACGGAGGAAGAGAGGAAGAAGCGCGUCACUCAGGAGGCCUUGGAGAAGGCCAAGAUUCAGAAGGAGCUGGCCAAGAAGGCGGAGGAGGACGGAGACAACAGCGUCUUGGUGCGAGUCGUCCCGGCUAAAGCGCAGAAGCAACCCGGGAAGAUCAAAGUGAACUUCGAGGACAUGGAGAAGAGUCGAGAGGAGGAGAUGAAGAAGAGGACCGAGGAGGAGAAGAAGAAGAGAUACGACGAGAACCGCCGCUCGUUCAGAGAGGCCAAGCGACGCUCCGUUUCCACAAACCAGGAUGAUGAGGAGGCCGAGGGGAAAGAGAAGGAGCGCGUGACUCCAGGGAAGCUGCGUCUGACGUUCGAGGAGCAGGAGAAGGAGAGGCAGGAGCAGCAGAGGAAGCAGGCCGAGGAGGAGGCCAGGAGGAGGCUCCAGGAGGAGAGGAAAGCUUUCGAGGAGGCCAAAAUGGGCAUGCCUCAGGAUGACGAGGACGUGACCACCGAACAGAGCGAGAAGGAAGAGAUCCGGCCGGGGAAACUGAGGCUCAGCUUCGAGGAGCUAGAACGACAGAGACUGGAGGAUGAACACAAACGUGUGGAGGAAGAAAGGAAGAGACGCAUCCUGGAGGAGAGGAAGGCGUUUGCCGACGCCCGAAAGAGCAUGCAUCUAGAUGACGAAGACGACAUCCUGCUGGCUGCCAUGAGUGUCGACGCCGGGGACAAUCCAGGUAAACUGACCAUCAGCUUCGAGGAACUGGAGAGGCAGAGACGUGAGGAAGAGCAGAAGAGGAAGGAGGAAGAGGCCAAGCGUCGCCUGGAGGAGGAGAAGAGGCUGUUCGCCGAGGCUCGCAAGAACAUGAGCGGGUCCCGGGAUCAGGGCGAUACGCCGGCGCUCGGGGCAGGAGAAGUGCAGGACGAGGACGACACCCUGGUGAGGACGGAAUCGCAGGAAGCAAUGCAUCCUGGGAAACUGGAGAUCAAUUUCGAGGAGAUGAUGAAGAUGAAAGAGGAGGAGGAGCGGAAAAAGAAGGAGGAAGCACGGCGUAAGAAGAUGGAGAUAGAGAAGAAAGAGUUUGAGCAGAUACGUCAGGAGAUGGGCGAGGAGGAGAUCAACGAGACGACGGAGGUGGUGAGCUCCGAGUACCAGGAGCUGACAAAACUGAAGAGAACCGGCUCCAUCCAUGCCAAGAACCUGAAGGUGAAGUUUGAGAAGAUCAAAGAGCUCACGGAGGAGGAGAUCCAGAGGAAGAUCGAAGAGGAGAGAGCGAGGAGGAAAGCCAUCGAUGAGGAGAUCAAAGAGAGGGAAGCGGAGCGCUGUGUGGAGGAUGAGGACGAGGACACGAAGGGCGCUGUGAAAACGGAGGACGCGCCGUUCAAGCAGAAAGUGGACAUGCGCGCACGGUUCGAGCAGAUGGCCAAAGCGCGUGAGGAGGAGGAGAAGAGGAGGAUCGAAGAGCAGAAGCUCCAGAGGAUGCAUUUCGAGCAGCAGGAAAUCGACGCCGCUCUCCAAAAUAAAAAGGAGGAUGAAGAUGAAGAGGAAGGCAGCGUUGUGAACGGCUCCUACGAUGAGGAGGACGAUCACGGCCGGUCGGGCGCUCCGUGGUUCAAAAAGCCCUUGAAGAACCAGACGGUGGUGGACUCCGAGCCUGUGCGCUUCACGGUGAAGAUCACGGGCGAGCCCAAGCCUGAGGUGACGUGGUGGUUCGAGGGUGAGCUGCUGCAGGACUGCGAGGAUUAUCAGUACAUCGAGCGUGGCGAGACCUACUGCCUCUACCUGCCUGAGACCUUCCCAGAGGACGAGGGCGAGUACAUGUGCAAGGCCGUGAACAGCCGCGGCAGCGCCGCCAGCACGUGUAUCCUCACUAUAGAGACUGAGGACUACUGACGCGCCCCAUCGCUCUCUCUCUCUCUCUCCGGAACUUUCCCUGUCUUUUUCAUGUCUUUUUGACGUUCAUAUCUCGUGGUAGGGCCAAACAUUCUUCUUCAGAGGAAGAAAGCAGCCUGUGUGUGUGUGUGUGUGUGUGUGUGUGUGUGUGUGCGCGCGCGUGUGUGUGUUUUCACCAUUCCUCCGAAGAAUCCGCUCGAAGUUGAAGUGAAAGCCGUGUUGUUUACAUGCGAAAGCUGCCCUCGCCAACGGAAAGAAGACUUUUGGCGAAUUUGUGCCAAAAACAGACGCGCAGUUCCCACGAGUCGUUCAUACCGACACCGCGAUCCGAAAAAGAUUCAUGUCUUGAAUAACGCAACAGGGUCAACUGCUGUUUCUUUUCUUUUACGGAGGAAUGAAGGAAAGUCGACUGUUUAAGGGAAUCGGUUUGCUCAGAAAUCUGAGAAAACACGAAAUCGUGACGUUUAUUUAACUGUAAAACUAUAUCUAAAACUAUAUAUAUAUAUAUAUAUA